UUGUGUAGUGUCUUGCCUACACGGAAAUUUGCAGUGACCUUGUUCUGGAGUAAGUCAGUCAGUGCUAGAAUUUUCUAGUAGAAAGAAGCCCGAGAGACAAGUAUGGACACAGUUUCAGUAGAAGAGCUGAGAAGGAAUGGUCACGCCCAAGACCCAGGCAGAAGCAGAGGCAGAUCAUUGGAAGAGGAGUUGGAAGGCUUUAUAAGAGUUUACAAAGAUGGCUCGGUCGAGAGGUACUCCUACGUCGUAGCGAAUGUCCCCGCAUCCGAAGCUCAACAAGAGCCAGUGCUCUCCAAAGACGUUGUUCUGGACCAACGCACUGGCGUGUGGGCGCGAUUCUACCUUCCCAGAAACGCCGUUUCUCGGGGAACCAGGCUGCCCCUCGUCAUUUACUUCCAUGGCGGCGGCUUUGUGCUGGGUUCGCCGGCCUGGUCUAUUUACCACGUAUUCAUGUGCAGAUUGGCUUCUCAUACAAAUUCUAUGAUAAUGUCUGUGGGCUACAGGCUUGCUCCCGAGAACCGUCUUCCAGCUGCCUAUGACGAUUGUUUCAGUGCCGUCGAGUGGGUCCGCCGCCAGGCAACGCAACAACUGCAACGCUCUAACGAUUCAUGGUUAUCAUCCCACGCCGACUUCUCGCGAUGCUUUUUGGCCGGCGAUAGCGCGGGAGGGAAUAUCGUCCACAACGUCGCAUUGCGGUGCGCACGGGCGGACGUGAAGCCACUUCAGACGAGAGGGCUCAUUCUUCUUCAGCCCUUCUUUGGUGGGGAAGAUCCAUGCAAACGGGAAUUGGAGACGUCGGAGACAAACCCAAAUCUGUCGCAGCGAUGGGUGGACGUGUUCUGGAAGCUGUCGUUGCCUGUUGGAGCGAAGAGAGAUCAUCCUGCCUGUAAUCCUCUCGCUAUGCCCCUGCGAGAUCUUAGUUUACCGCCGGUGAUCGUAAUCAUCUCUGAGAAUGAUUUGCUGAAGCAGAGGAACCUGGACUAUUGCCAAGCCCUGAAAAAUGGCAACAAAAAUGUGAGCCAUGUAAUCUUCAAGAAUGUGGGUCAUGCUUUCCAGGUUCUCAAUCCUGACUCUCAACGGAUCCCCGAGCUAUUAAGCGUUUUAGGCGACUUCAUUAACAACAAUCGAAGUUCAUCCCGAUAAUGUGUAAGCAGAGGGAUUAGGAAUUCUGUAGAUCACGCAUUCGUUUUAAGACUGCAAAUUUGUAUUGAUCUUGUGGAUAUUGAAUUUGAGAAUGUCUUAAUUA